CCUCUUCUAUCCCGUCCUGCUCUGCGGCUGAGGGGCAAGAUGGCUGCCGAGAAACAGGUACCUGGAGGCGGCGGCAGCGGCGGCGGCGGGGGCAGCGGUGGCGGCGGACGCGGUGCCGGAGGAGAGGAGAAUAAGGAAAACGAACGGCCAUCCGCCGGAUCGAAGGCAAACAAAGAAUUCGGGGAUAGCCUGAGUUUGGAGAUUCUUCAGAUUAUUAAGGAAUCCCAGCAGCAGCAUGGCUUACGGCAUGGAGAUUUUCAGAGGUACAGGGGCUACUGUUCCCGCAGACAGAGACGGCUCCGGAAAACGCUUAACUUUAAGAUGGGGAACAGACACAAAUUCACAGGGAAAAAAGUAACCGAAGAUCUUCUGACCGAUAACAGAUAUUUGCUUCUGGUUCUGAUGGAUGCUGAAAGAGCCUGGAGCUAUGCCAUGCAGCUCAAACAGGAAGCCAACACUGAACCCCGAAAACGGUUCCACCUGUUGUCUCGCCUGCGGAAAGCUGUGAAGCAUGCCGAGGAAUUGGAACGCUUAUGCGAGAGCAAUCGCGUGGACGCCAAGACCAAGCUAGAGGCUCAGGCUUACACAGCUUAAAAAAAAAAAGAACAUCAAGAGUGGAAAGCUGCCAUUGAGGCUUUUAAUAAAUGCAAAACGAUCUACGAGAAGCUCGCCAGUGCUUUUACAGAAGAGCAGGCCGUGCUGUACAGCCAGCGUGUGGAGGAGAUCUCGCCCAACAUCCGCUACUGCGCGUAUAACAUUGGGGACCAGUCAGCCAUCAAUGAACUCAUGCAGAUGAGAUUGAGGUCUGGGGGCACCGAGGGUCUCCUGGCUGAAAAAUUGGAGGCAUUGAUCACUCAGACUCGAGCCAAACAGGCAGCGACCAUGAGCGAAGUGGAGUGGAGAGGGAGAGCGGUCCCGGUGAAGAUCGACAGAGUGCGGAUCUUUUUGUUGGGGUUGGCCGAUAACGAAGCAGCCAUUGCCCAGGCUGAGAGCGAAGAAACCAAGGAACGUCUGUUUGAGUCUGUGCUCAGCGAGUGUCGGGACGCCAUCCAGGCCGUGCGGGAGGAGCUCAAGCCCGAUCAGAAGCAGAGAGAUUACACCCUCGAGGGAGAGUCGGGGAAGGUGUCUAAUCUUCAGUACCUGCACAGCUACCUGACCUACAUCAAGCUGUCAACGGCGAUCAGGCGGAACGAGAACAUGGCCAAAGGUCUGCAGAGGGCCCUUCUGCAGCAGCAGCCGGAAGACGACAGCAAACGCUCCCCCCGGCCGCAGGACCUCAUCCGGCUCUACGACAUCAUCCUGCAGAAUCUGGUGGAAUUGCUCCAGCUUCCUGGCUUAGAGGAGGACAGAGCCUUCCAGAAAGAGAUAGGCCUCAAGACCCUGGUGUUCAAGGCUUACAGGUGUUUUUUCAUUGCUCAGUCCUACGUGUUGGUGAAGAAGUGGAGCGAAGCCCUCGUCCUGUAUGACAGAGUCCUAAAAUAUGCAAAUGAAGUGAAUUCUGAUGCUGGGGCCUUCAAGAAUAGCCUGAAAGACCUGCCUGACGUGCAAGAGCUUAUCACGCAAGUGAGGUCAGAAAAGUGCUCUCUGCAGGCGGCGGCGAUCCUGGAUGCAAGUGACUCCCACCAAACAGAGACUUCCUCUCAAGUCAAGGAGAAUAAGCCCCUGGUUGAGCGGUUUGAGACCUUCUGCCUGGACCCUUCCCUCGUCACUAAGCAGGCCAACCUCGUGCACUUCCCUCCGGGAUUCCAGCCCAUCCCUUGCAAGCCUUUGUUCUUUGACCUGGCGCUCAACCACGUGGCUUUCCCACCCCUCGAGGACAAGUUGGAGCAGAAGACCAAGAGUGGGCUCACCGGGUACAUCAAGGGCAUCUUUGGAUUCAGGAGCUAACCACUCUUUUCCUUGGGGGCAGGGGGUAAUUCUGACUCGGUCUGUAUUGUGAGAAAACUCUAGCAAGUCUGUGAUAUUAAAUCCAGGUCUGCGUUGGCCCAGGGCGGGAGUGUAACAUCCUCAGCCCUGCGUUCCUAUGUCUGUGUGUGUGCGCUCAUGUUCUUAACCGGUGUGCCAGGAGGGCACCCUGUUGUCUUCUGGUGGAUGUGUGCGGGGUCCCUCUGUCCAUACCUCCCGGAGGAGGGCCGCUGCCAUCUGGGCCCGUGCGAGCUGUGAUUGUUUACCUCUGGUCCGUAACGUGUUCGGGAGGAGGUCCACUCCAGGCACCGCGAGCGCUCGGAAAGCUUUGCUGCGUUUCUUCAGUGCUGUGGACUUAAAACACACUCCUCCUCGCUGUGAGCAUCCAGGACCCUUUGGAAAGUUUGUUCGUGACUAGGAAACACUGGCAACGUCCCCCCAGAACGACAGUCAGCCUCCCCCCUUCACUGCCAAGUGAAAGUUCAGAAGUUUCAGAACAAGCAAAGAGCUCUAUUUUUAGAAGAAAUAUGUUAUACUCAGAAUUGAUGAAAACAAAUCUUAUAUUAAAAGGCAAAGAUGCUGGA